AUGGUUGUCGGUCCUACUAUGAACGCCUCAACAAAAUUCAGCGACAAUUACGACGUUAAGGAGGAGUUGGGCAAAGGUGCUUUCUCUGUAGUGCGCAGAUGCGUACAUAAAGCGACAGCAGCAGAGUUUGCUGCCAAAAUCAUCAAUACAAAGAAGCUUUCGGCCAGGGAUUUUCAGAAAUUAGAACGUGAAGCGAGAAUAUGCCGGAAGCUUCAGCAUCCUAAUAUAGUUCGUCUUCAUGACAGCAUUCAAGAGGAGUCGUUUCAUUACCUCGUAUUCGAUUUAGUCACGGGCGGUGAGCUGUUUGAAGAUAUCGUAGCCCGAGAAUUCUAUAGUGAAGCAGAUGCCAGGUAG